CAAGUAACAUCGAUGUUUUCACAUCCCUACUUCCAUCACUAGUAAAAUUGCUGGAAAAACGAAAACGCGAAAAAUGAUAGAAAGACCUAAAAUUUAGUUGAUAAAAAAAGUUUAAGCUACGACGGAGCAAAAAGAUUGCGUGCACACAAUAUUCCCGCGAGGACGACUAGAGGCAGCCGAGCAUAAUAAUAAUAGCAGAAUAACAGACGACGACGACUACGAGGAGGAGGAGUUGAAGGAGGAGCCACGCGCGAGUGGUGCAUGAAUCACUCGCUUUUCCCCCUGAGCAACGCCCGCAUCCUGUGCUGAUCCCGAUCUGAUCCAUCCACCGCCGCUGCCACAGCCUCCGCCAUGUCCAGCGACAAGAUCAAAGUCGCCGUCAGGGUGCGACCCUUCAAUCGACGUGAGAUCGAGUUGGGCACAAAAUGUAUUGUGGAUAUGGAAAAACAGCAGACAAUACUGCAAAAUCCACCGCCAUUGGAGAAAAUCGAAAGAAAACAACCAAAGACAUUUGCAUUCGAUCACUGCUUCUACUCUUUAAACCCCGAGGACGACAACUUCGCCUCCCAGGAGACAGUUUUCGAUUGCGUGGGACGUGAUAUACUGGAUAAUGCAUUCCAGGGCUAUAAUGCAUGCAUAUUCGCUUACGGCCAGACAGGCUCUGGCAAGUCGUACACGAUGAUGGGCUCCCAGGAGAGCAAGGGCAUUAUACCGCGCCUCUGCGAUAAGCUCUUCUCGGCGAUAGCCAACAAAUCCACGCCCGAGCUGAUGUACAAGGUGGAGGUGUCCUACAUGGAGAUCUACAAUGAAAAGGUACACGAUCUCCUCGAUCCCAAGCCCAACAAGCAGUCGCUCAAGGUGCGCGAACACAAUGUGAUGGGGCCCUAUGUGGAUGGAUUGUCACAGUUGGCAGUGACUUCGUAUCAGGACAUCGACAACCUCAUGACGGAGGGCAACAAAUCGCGUACGGUGGCUGCCACAAAUAUGAAUGCCGAGUCUUCGCGUUCCCAUGCCGUCUUCUCGGUGGUUCUUACCCAGAUACUCACGGAUCAGGCCACCGGCGUUAGUGGCGAGAAAGUUUCCCGCAUGUCUCUGGUCGAUUUAGCGGGCUCCGAGCGGGCAGUGAAAACGGGAGCCGUUGGCGAUCGUCUCAAGGAGGGAUCCAACAUCAACAAAUCUCUGACCACGCUGGGCCUGGUCAUAUCCAAGCUGGCCGAUCAAACGAAUGGCAAGCGGGGAGGCAACGACAAGUUUGUGCCCUACCGCGACUCUGUUCUCACCUGGCUGCUAAAGGACAACUUGGGCGGCAAUUCCAGGACCGUUAUGGUGGCCACCAUCUCACCCUCGGCGGAUAAUUAUGAGGAGACAUUGUCCACUCUCCGCUAUGCGGAUCGGGCCAAGCGAAUUGUUAACCAUGCCGUGGUCAACGAGGAUCCCAAUGCUCGCAUCAUUCGAGAGCUGCGACACGAGGUGGAGACGCUGAGGAGUAUGCUGAAGCAUGCCACUGGGUCACCGGUGGGCGAUGUACAGGACAAGCUGGCCGAGAGCGAGAACCUUAUGAAGCAGAUCUCGCAGACCUGGGAGGAGAAGCUGGUCAAGACGGAGCGCAUCCAAAAUGAGCGACAACAGGCCCUCGAGAAGAUGGGCAUCAGUGUCCAGGCCAGUGGCAUCAAGGUGGAGAAGAACAAGUACUAUUUGGUCAAUUUGAAUGCAGAUCCGUCCCUCAACGAGCUGCUGGUCUACUACCUGAAGGAACGCACUUUGAUUGGUGGUCGCAGCAUCAGUGGCCAGCAGCCGGAUAUACAACUCUCUGGCCUGGGCAUUCAGCCCGAGCAUUGUGUGAUAACCAUCGAGGACAGUGGCUUGUUCAUGGAGCCAGUGCAGGGUGCUCGUUGCUUUGUGAAUGGUUCAGCAGCCGUGGAAAAGACGCCUCUGCAAAACGGCGAUCGUAUCCUGUGGGGUAAUCAUCAUUUCUUCCGCGUCAACUCGCCGAAGAGCAACAACACCAGCCUGUGUGCCUCGGAGCCUCAGACUCCAGCCCAGCUGAUCGAUUACAAUUUCGCAAGGGAUGAGAUUAUGCAGAAUGAGCUGAGCAACGACCCCAUACAGACGGCCAUUGCUCGGUUGGAGCGUCAGCAUGAGGAAGAUAAGCAGGUGGCUUUGGAGAAGCAAAGGCAGGAGUACGAGCGUCAGUUCCAGCAGCUGCGCAAUAUCUUGUCACCCAGCACACCAUAUGCUCCCUAUGCUCCCUACGAUCCUCUAAGAAUGGGGAAGGUGACACCAAACACGCCCACUUCGCAGAUGCGGGUGGAGAAGUGGGCACAGGAGCGAGAUGAGAUGUUCCGCCGGAGUUUGGGUCAGCUUAAAACGGACAUUAUGCGUGCUAAUUCCUUGGUUCAAGAAGCCAACUUCUUGGCUGAGGAAAUGGAGAAGAAGACCAAGUUCUCGGUGACCUUACAAAUACCUCCUGCUAACCUGAGUCCAAAUAGGCGACGUGGGGCCUUUGUGAGCGAACCUGCUAUACUGGUAAAGCGCCUCAAUUCGGGCAGUCAGAUUUGGACAAUGGAAAAGCUGGAGAACAAGCUGAUAGAUAUGCGUGAGAUGUACCAGGAUCACAAGGAUCGUAUACUCAAUGGCUUGCCCCUAGUUGAGCCAUUCUCAGACGAUGAGUACGAUGACAAGGACGAGGACAGUAGCAAACCGCAGGAUCCCUUCUACGAGUCCCAGGAGAAUCACAAUCUCAUUGGUGUGGCCAACAUAUUCCUGGAGGUUCUCUUCCACGACGUCAAGCUGGACUAUCACACGCCCAUCAUAAGCCAGCAGGGUGAGGUGGCCGGCCGCCUGCAGGUGGAGAUCGAGCGCAUUGCUGGUCAAAUGCCUCAGGAUCGCAUGUGCGAGUCAGUCUCCGAGUCCUCAGGGGAUUCGCGUGACGAAUACGAUGAUCCUGUGGAUCCCUCAUCCAAUCAGAUCACCUGCCGCGUGACCAUCAAGUGCGCCAGUGGCUUGCCCCUCUCCCUUUCUAACUUCGUGUUCUGCCAGUACACUUUCUGGGGCCACCAGGAGAUGGUGGUGCCGGUGAUCAAUGCCGAGUCCACAGCCCACGAUCAGAACAUGGUCUUCAAGUUUGAGCACACACAGGACUUUACAGUGACCAUAAAUGAGGAGUUCCUGGAGCACUGCAUCGAGGGAGCUCUGUCCAUCGAAGUAUGGGGUCAUCGCAGCGCCGGCUUCUCCCGCUCCAAGGGUUGGGAGGUGGAGCAACAGCAGGCCAAGGCCCGCUCCCUGGUGGAUCGCUGGGCGGAGCUCUCCCGCAAAAUCGAGCUUUGGGUGGAGAUACACGAGUUGAAUGAUAAUGGAGAGUAUUCGCCCGUGGAGGUGACCAAUCGCAAUGAAGUCUUGACCGGCGGCAUCUACCAGCUGCGUCAGGGUCAGCAGCGGCGGGUCAAUGUACGCGUAAAGCCUGUCCAGAAUUCAGGCACUCUGCCUAUUAUUUGCCAGUCAAUAGUAAACGUGGCCAUUGGCAGUGUGACAGUGCGUUCCCGGCUGCAAAGACCUCUGGAUUCUUACCAAGAAGAGGACCUCACAGUACUGCGGGAGAAGUGGAGUGAGGCUUUGGGCAGGCGGCGUCAGUACCUGGACCAACAAAUCCAAAUGCUGAUCAAGAAGGAGGAGAAGAACGAGCAGGAGCGCGAACGCGAGCUGAGCCUGGUGCAUCAGUGGGUCUCGCUGACGGAGGAACGUAAUGCAGUGCUGGUGCCCGCCCCAGGGUCUGGCAUACCCGGAGCACCUGCCUCCUGGGAGCCACCAUCUGGCAUGGAGCCCCAUGUACCCGUGCUCUUCCUCAACCUCAAUGGCGACGAUUUGUCCGCGCAAAAUACCAACGAUGAGCUCUCCAUUGCCGGCAUUAACUCCAUUCUGUCCAAAGAGCAUGGCCACAAGUUCUACACUCUGCAAAUCCUGCAGCACCUGGACAAGGAUGUGUGCAGCGUGGCCAGCUGGGACUCGUCGAUGCACGACAGUCAGGCCUUGAACCGUGUAACCGAGGCCAACGAGCGAGUGUAUCUCAUUCUGCGCACCACAGUGCGCCUGUCACAUCCUGCGCCCAUGGAUCUGGUGCUGCGCAAGCGUCUGAGCAUCAACAUCAAGAAGGGUCAGACUUUAACGGAUCGUUUGAAGAAGUUCCGCCUGGUGCGGGGCGAGAAUGCCAUAUGGCAGAGCGGCGUGACCUACGAGGUGGUUUCCAACAUUCCCAAGGCCUCUGAAGAGCUCGAGGAUCGCGAAUCGCUGGCCCAGCUGGCGGCCAGCGGAGAUGAUUGUUCGGCAAGUGAUGGCGAGACAUACAUAGAGAAAUACACUCGCGGCGUGUCGGCUGUGGAAAGCAUAUUGACCCUGGAUCGCCUGCGUCAGAAUGUGGCUGUCAAGGAGCUGGAGACGGCCCAUGGCCAGCCGCUGAGCAUGCGCAAGACCGUCAGUGUGCCGAACUUCUCGCAGGCGGUCAAAGACACCACCAAUACCGGGAGUCAACUCAUAAAUAAACUUACGCAGAUUAUGCGCUUCGAUGCGUCGAUGGAGUCGCUGCUGAAUGUGGGACGAUCCGAGUCCUUUGCCGAUCUCAAUAACAGUGCGCUGGGCAACAAGUUUACGCCAGCAGGUCCCGCCGGAGCUGGAGGAGUCAUCCGGAAUCGUCAUAGCUUCGGAGGCAAAGGUAGCAGCGAUGAUUCCCCUGGAAAAGCCUUUGGCAUUGCGCGUCCAACAUUUUUGAAUCUCAAUUUGAAUCUGAACACUUUGAGAAUCGCGCCAACGAAACCUUCGCCGGCCACCAGCAAGCUGCUGGGCAUGAGGAUGACCACGCUGCACGAGGAACCUUUGGGCGGACAUCGGUCCCUGGACGAGGAGCCCGAGGACAGCUACAGCGACUCGGAGUAUGCCGCCGAGUAUGAGCAGCAGAACAAGAGCCUGGCCACAAGGUCCCGCCUCACGGCCUCCAAGACCAUGGACUCGUUCAUGGAUGUUAGCAGCCACUCGAAUCAUUCGAGCUACUUGAGCUACACGUCCAGUGCCAAUGCGAAUAUGAAGCAUCUGAAUGGAUUGCCCACGCUGAGCAUGAGCUCCUCCACCAGCAGUGGCUAUGGCUCUCAGGCGGUGUCCUGCAACAAUUUGAGCAAUGAGGAUAUUGCCUCAAUGCGUUCCAUGAGCAUUGAUGAGACGCCAGAUUUCGAUCGCAUCAAUUCGAAUUCGCCACCGAAUCGACAGGCACGAGUCAAUCCCUUCCUCAAGGACAUGCCCAAGGCCAAGACCCAAGAGCAACCUUUAGAGCCUCAAGCCAAGAAGCUUCAAGAAACCUUUACGCAUCCAUUGGAGCUUAACGAGUCCAAGGAGAAUGCACAAAGCGACGAGGAUGAGCCUGAGCUGUUGCCAAAGCAUAACAACAACAAUAACAAUAACAACAACAACGUUGACUUGGUCAAGGAGAAGGAUUUACUGUCCUCUGGCCAAGCCGAGCUAACGGAAACAGAGUCCCAGCUCGAAUCACAACCAGAGCUUGCCACAACAGACAAUCAGAAUGGCAACAAAUCCUCGGACGAGACCAGUCACAGCUCCGAGGAGAUGCUUGAAGGCGAUGGCAUUGUCCGGGAGGAAUUACCCGCUGGCAAGGUGAUGCGUCGCAAGAAGUCAAACACGCAACAGCCACCGAUCAGCAGUAACAACAACAACAACAGCCACACAAGCACAAGUCAGGCGCCGCGCAUUAAUCACCGGGCUUCGGUGGCCAAAAUGGAGGGUUUAGCCGCUUACCUGGACUCUAGCAUUAUGUCCAGCAGCACAGAAGUAGAUGACGAAAGCAAGGACUUGGAGCUGGUCCUGCCCGACUGGAUUGUGGUGGGCGAAUCAGUGCUGAUACGUCCAUACAAUACCAGCGGCGUCAUACGCUUUGUGGGCACCACAGAGUUCCAGCCCGGCGCUUGGAUUGGCGUGGAACUGGAUACGCCAACGGGCAAGAACGAUGGCAGCGUGAAGGGCAUACAGUAUUUCCAGUGCAAGCCCAAGCAUGGCAUGUUUGUGCGCUCCGACAAGCUGAUGCUGGACAAGCGCGGCAAGGCGAUGCGGGCCUACAAGGCAGCCGAGAAGAGCAAUAGCAUCAGCAAAGAGAUGAGCAGCUCGAUGACUGGCUCGAUGACACGCUCCAAGAGCCGCGGCGAAUCGCUCAAUGUGGCGGCGGCGCGCAAAUGAUUGUACCCCAAGUGUUCGCAUCAGCUGCAGCGUUGGACUAAUUGCAGGCAAUCAACGGUGGCCACCAGCAGUAGUGCUGUUGGCCAGCCGGCGACCUGCCACAGAUUGCGUGCAACCAGCAGCGCUGCAGAUGCGAACAGUCAUGGCAAGAAGUGCUAUGCCAAUCGACGCUCGACGGCCUUUUAAGGUCCGUAAACCCAAGGAUGACAGUAGCAGUAGCCUCGUCAAGCAACGAACAAUGCGGAGCAUAAUCCACAUGCCAACCCUAUUCUAGCUUAAACUUAAAACUAUUCUCACACCAAGCCGCAAAUGAAAUGCCGUACACUUAACCCCACGCUUCUACAAGUAGUCUAAGGCGCGGUGUCUACAGCAGAACUAAUUACUAAUCUCUGGCUAAACUAAACUAAACUAAAGUUUAAACUAAACGAAAUGAAAGGAAAGGGAAACUAAACUGAAGUUCUCGCACUUGAUCAGAUUCCAUUGUUUUUGUGUUCGUCGUAGUUAAAUGUCGUGUAUUGCUUUUCGAUUUUUGAAUGAAGCGCUUUACUAAUUGAUAUAUAUACAUAUAUAUUUUUGUAAUGGUUCUUUGCCUUUAGUUUAGUUCAAUUGUUUUUUGAUAUAUCAACUUGUGAGCUUAUAUUUUUUAAUUGUUAUCGACUCCUAUAUACCCUAUAUAAAUCAUUUGUAUAUAUAUUUAUGAUUAAGACCUUGCAAUAAUUUCGUUUCUCUCACAUUCUGUUUAGCGCAUUUAUAUACAAAUUAUGAUCAAUACGAAAAUGUUUAGUAAUAUAAUGAGAGAGCAAACAUACAUAUAUCCUUGAUCUUAGUCCCCAGAUCAAGACGCUUCGUUAAUGUGUAAAUUGUAUUAUUUUGAUGUGAUGUAUUUAUAAUUUCCCCUUUAUAUAUGCAUAUGUAUGUAUAUAAAUAAAAUUGAUUUUAUCUUUAA